CUGAGGCGGAGGGCGGCAGCGGGUGGACGAGAUGCGAGCGCGGCCGCUCUGGGCCGCUGUGCUGGUGGUGGGGGCGCUGGCGGGCGUCGGCGUCGGAGGGCCCAACAUCUGUGCCACACGAGGUGUGAGCUCCUGCCAGCAAUGUCUGGCUGUGAGUCCCAUGUGUGCCUGGUGCUCAGAUGAGGAUCUGCCUCUGGGCACGCCCCGCUGUAACCUGGAGGAGAAUCUGCUGAACGAUCACUGUAACCCGAAGUACAUUGAGUUCCCCAUCAGUGAGGCCAGAAUCCUGGAGGCCAGGCCCCUGAGUGACAAGGGCUCUGGAGACAGCUCCCAGAUAACUCAAGUCAGCCCCCAGAGGAUCUUGCUCCGGCUCCGGCCAGAUGAUUCGAAGAGUUUCUCCGUCCAAGUCCGGCAGGUGGAGGAUUACCCUGUGGACAUCUACUACUUGAUGGACCUGUCUUUCUCUAUGAAGGAUGAUCUGGAGAGCAUCCAGAACCUGGGUACCAAGCUGGCUUCCCAGAUGCGUAAGCUCACCAGUAACCUGCGGAUUGGCUUCGGGGCCUUUGUGGACAAGCCUGUGUCACCUUACAUGUACAUCUCUCCACCACAGGCCCUCAAAAACCCCUGCUAUGAUAUGAAGACCACCUGUUUGCCCAUGUUUGGCUACAAACAUGUGCUCACACUAACUGACCAGGUGACCCGUUUCAACGAGGAAGUGAAGAAGCAGAAUGUAUCACGGAACCGAGAUGCUCCAGAGGGUGGCUUUGAUGCCAUCAUGCAGGCUACUGUCUGUGACGAGAAGAUUGGCUGGAGGAACGAUGCAUCCCACUUACUGGUGUUUACCACUGAUGCCAAGACCCAUAUAGCGCUGGAUGGAAGGCUGGCAGGCAUUGUCCAACCCAAUGAUGGACAGUGUCAUGUUGGCAGUGACAACCAUUACUCUGCCUCCACUACCAUGGAUUAUCCCUCUCUGGGGCUGAUAACUGAGAAGCUAUCCCAGAAAAACAUCAAUUUGAUCUUUGCAGUGACAGAAGGUGUAGUUAGUCUUUACCAGAACUACAGUGAACUGAUCCCAGGGACCACAGUGGGGGUGCUGUCCUCCAAUUCCAGCAAUGUCCUCCAGCUCAUUGUGGAUGCUUAUGGCAAAAUCCGCUCUAAAGUGGAGCUCGAAGUGCGUGACCUCCCUGAGGAGCUGUCGUUAUCCUUCAAUGCCACCUGUCUCAACAACGAGGUCAUCCCAGGCCUUAAGUCUUGUGUUGGACUCAAGAUUGGAGACACGGUGAGCUUCAGCAUUGAGGCCAAGGUGCGUGGCUGCCCCCGGGAGAAGGAGAAGUCCUUCACCAUCAAGCCCGUGGGCUUCAAAGACAGCCUCACUGUCCAGGUCACCUUCAACUGUGACUGUGACUGCCAGGCUCAAGCUGAGCCUGACAGCCCCCGCUGCAACAAUGGCAAUGGGACCUUUGAGUGUGGGGUGUGCCACUGUGGGCCUGGCUGGCUGGGGUUCCAGUGUGAGUGCUCGGAAAAGGACUACCGCCCCUCCCAGCAGGAUGAGUGCAGCCCCCAGCAGGGCCAGCCCAUCUGCAGCCAGCGGGGCGAGUGUCUCUGUGGCCAGUGUGUCUGCCACAGCAGUGACUUUGGCAAGAUCACGGGCAAGUACUGUGAGUGUGACGACUUCUCCUGUGUCCACUACAAGGGGGAGAUGUGCUCAGGCCAUGGCCAGUGCAGCUGCGGGGACUGUCUGUGUGACUCCGACUGGACUGGCUUCUACUGCAACUGUACCACGCGCACCGACACCUGCUUGUCUAGCAACGGGCUGCUGUGCAGCGGGCGGGGCAAUUGCGAAUGCGGCAGCUGCGUCUGCAUCCAGCCAGGCUCCUACGGGGACACCUGUGAGAAGUGUCCCACUUGCCCUGAUGCCUGCACCUUUAAGAAGGGGUGUGUGGAGUGUAAAAAGUUUAACCGGGGAUCCCUCUACGAGGCAAAUACUUGCAACCGUUACUGUCGUGAUGAGAUUGAGUCUGUGAAGGAGCUUCAGGACAGUGGCAAGAAUGCAGUGAAUUGUACCUACAAGAAUGAGGAUGACUGUGUCGUCAGAUUCCAGUACUAUGAAGACUCCAGUGGAAAGUCCAUCCUGUAUGUGGUAGAAGAGCCAGAGUGUCCCAAGGGCCCUGACAUCCUGGUGGUCCUGCUUUCAGUGAUGGGGGCCAUUCUGCUCAUCGGCCUUGCUACUCUGCUCAUCUGGAAGCUCCUCAUCACCAUCCAUGACCGGAAGGAGUUUGCUAAAUUUGAAGAAGAGAGAGCCAGAGCCAAAUGGGACACAGCCAACAAUCCCCUGUAUAAAGAGGCCACAUCCACCUUCACCAACAUCACCUACCGGGGCACUUAGUGACAAGCAAUCAUCCUCAGAUCACUGUCAGACUGUCCCAGGAUUGUGGGUGUCUCUGCUGUCAUGUUUACAGGGGGCAAUAUCUGUGGGGCAGAACUGGGGGCUUGGAGUGGGAUGGGUUGGAAGAGAGAGAGAGAGAGAGAGAGUGUGUGUGUGUGUGUGUGUGCGUGCGCACGCACUGUGUGUGGGGGCGUGUAUAAUUUAAAACUUGUGAUAUGUUCCAGAUAAGUGGGGCUUCUCAGCCUUUGUCCUCAAAAUGCCUCCUUCAGGGAGUCUUCCUGCUUCACCUGAGGGUGACCUACACAGCUGAGCAGGUUUCUUCAUUACCUCAGUGGGAAGCCAGCUUUCCUUCUCAGGCCAUUUUCUUGAAGAGAAGGGCAAGGCUCAGGCCUCUCGUUCCAGAGAAAUGGACCUUGAUUUACCCAGUCUGUGGUUCUUGGGCCUGGCUCUCAGCAGCUCUGGUAGGAACUGCCAGGCUUUGUAUGGCUUCUGUGCCUCACUCUCCUCUCCUUUCCCUCAGGCCAAAGGAGAAAUCGGCGGGGGGUUGGGGGGGAACCGAACCAUCAGGGCUGUCUGUCUUUGCCAUCACCCCAACCCAUCAUGGUUCUCUCAUAAGGGAAGUCCUUGCUGCCUCAUCUUCUAUUUGGGAGUGAGGAUGGCAGGGCCACCCAGGGGUCAUGCAUGGCCUUGGGGAAGGUGCCUGAGUCCCCAGUUCAUAAUUAUAACCCUUCGGAUUUGCCUCGUUGGCAGCUCCACCCUAGAGGUUCCCUUAGAAGUGUAUCACCCUUAGACCAGCAUCACCUCUUUACCUCCUAUUCCACCCUCUCAUGGCUGUUGACAUUUGCUAGGUACUAGGAAUCUCUCUCACUACCAAAAGCUUUUCCUCUCAGGGAGAGUGCUAUGGUUAGAGCCAGAGGUCUGGUCUCACCCAUCAGGCCUUUUGCCCCUUGUCCCAGGCACCUCCACACACCCAACCCUGUAUUUCUAUGUGCUGUGCCACCCAUGGGGCUGAUUGUAUUUAUCUACCUCUUGGGUGUCUUGUGAAGGAAUCAUUCCCAUGGGUCUCUGAGUCUGCUGGGGACAAAUGCCAGGGUGGAAUGAUGGGCCCAUUGUAUCAGCAUGUGUGGCCCAUUCUCCCAGGGGCCAGGCAACCUCGUUAUAACUCAGUCUUUAAUCUGAGAGUGCAAUUGUUUUAUUUUUCUCAUUGGAGCACCUGAAACCAUGGUGAGGCCUGCUUAAUAUAAAGGAGCAUAAACAUAAACACAUGUCCAUUAUAUUUGUAAUUUUAUUUGAUGAUGAGGAAGUAGAAGAUAAAAAAAACCACACAGACUUGGGCUGGAUGCAGACUCUCGCACUUGGCAAAUUCAUAGCAGUGACUGCCCAGUGGCUGGGUCUGUAAGGGCUCUCUGAUCCUGGAAGCCUGUGGGGAUAGACACAUGGACAAGCCAGACCUUUCCCGAGGAGGAAAAAUGGGCUCUUCUUUUUUUCUAGCAAAAGCAGUUGCUCCAUUGAUGUUUACAUUCAUUCAAUAUUAACAGCUCCACCACUCCCCAAGAAAAAGGAAAUGGCCUAUAAACAGUGGUCUGAGGGUCAGAAAAUCUAAGGCCUGGCCUCAGUGUUGCAGCUAAGGAACUUUAACCUUAAGGCAAGUCACUUUCUUCUCCCUGGGGCUAGUUUCAUUUUCCAGAUUGAAACAUGAUGGGUUUGGACCAGCCAGUCUAGAAAGUCUCCUUCUGUAUCAACAUUCUAUGUUGCUGGGACUUACUGUGGCAUCAAGCAUGCAGUCAAGAUUCUGGGGGAUGUUGAUUAGCGUUUAUUUUUUUCAGUUGGGAGAUUGGAGAGACCUGGUUUGGUAAGAGCAGAUGUUCUCCAAUAUCACCUUUCUCAAUGAAAAACCCUCAUCCUGGAGUUCCCAUCGUGGCUCAGUGGUUAACGAAUCCGACUAGGAACCAUGAGGUUGCGGGUUCGAUCCCUGGCCUUGCUCAGUGGGUUAAGGAUCCGGCGUUGCCGUGAGCUGUGGUGUAGGUUGCAGACACGGCUUGGAUCCAGCGUUGCUGUGACUCUGGCGUAGGCCAGCAGCUACAGCUCUGAUUGGACUCCUAGCCUGGGAACCUCCACAUGCCGCAGGAGUGGCCCAAGAAAUGGCAAAAAGACCAAAAAAAAAAAAAAAAAAA